AUGUCCCACGAAUAUAGUCAUACAAGUGGCAUGUUGGGCGCUCGAACCGGACAUAAAAGCUUACACUUACCCGUUGAGAUUCUACUUCGAAUAGCUCCUCAUCUCGAAUCCGGCUAUGAAUCUUCAGACCUAGCAGAAUGGCAGAAGGGUCUGGAAUUGAUCGCCCGGAGAAAUCUUUGGACUUUCUGUCUCGUUGGCCCAGCAUGGCGGGCAGUUGGCCAGAUGUUUCUGUUCCGACACUAUAGGGCGACGAAAACUUUACCGCUGUUUCUCAGGUCUCUCGUUGAGUGCCCUGACCUUGGAGAACUUGUGGAAUCUGUUUGUAUAGACAGCUUCUCUUAUGAAACCCUGCGUGGAUAUCAAGAAGCGACGAUGCUACUGAAAAAAAGAAGCAAACAGCUUGGAAUUGAGUUUCCCCGCGAUGAGGAUACGACGAAUCUGCCAGAGUGGAUUGUCACAGGCAACGAAGUCCAGUCAUUCUUGGCGACUAUGUUGCUGGCACACACGACUCGGGCGAAGCACGUAAAGCUGCCAGUACAAUGGUCGGGUGAAGUUUUAAAGAACCUCGUGGUUGCUGAGAGCUUAUCAACAGUUACAUCGCCACAAAACCCACGCACCCGAUUCAAAAAUCUAGUACACUUGACCCUUGGCAAACCGGAUUCUCUAGGAGGAGGAGGGCCGGAGUUCCUCCACGACACCAUUGAAUACUCGUGCGCGCUUCAACUCGCGCCAAACCUGACCUCUCUCGCUCUCUUCGACUUCAUUCCAAUCAAGUCUCCUCUAGGCCUCAGUCUUGAUAAUCUGUUCGCAAACCUUACGAGUCUAAAAAUUGGUGGAAGCCCGCGUAGCACACAAUCGUUCGUGGACCACUAUAAGUCGAUUUGCAGGGUCUGCAGAAUUCUGGAAGAGAUUCAGAUUAUCAUGCCGCAGCACCCCAGCCGGAGAGCUAGUUUGCUAGAAUCAUUACAGCCUUUCGCACCUACUCUCAAACGGCUACGACUGAGCAUUGAUAUAGGUACUAUGUCUAUUGAGCAUCCAUCGUGGGAGUGGGACGGCCUGGAUUUGUUGCAACAACUCACCCGUCUGGAUACUUUGCGAUUAGAUUUCAACCGCGCCCUCUGUCGCGACCAUUCCACGCCCUUUCCACGCGAGGCCGUCCGAACAGGGGCGUUUUUCGAUUCAUUGCCGAUUUCACUGCGUACUUUAUUUUUGCCAGGGUGCAACUGGGCCAUUAGAAGUCCGAUGGACCACACGAUUCGACGUGAGUACCACACAAUAGAGCGAUUGAUUACAAGGAUACGACGUGGUGAUCUUCCGGAAUUCCGAACCCUGCACAUCGCUUGCAACCGUCGAGCUCCAUCCCCUUUCUUCGGACAACUUGAGGAUUUGGGAGUCGAAGUUGUUCAUUACAAUCAUCAUGCGACAUUGUGUGGUGGUGACCUUGCAGCUCUGGAUGUUGAGAAUUGGAAACUACUCUAG